CACGAUCCCACCCGAAAUCGAAGAAAGAUGUCCACACGCAAAUCAGGCCGCAACGCAGCCAAAGCACCUGUGAAAUACACAUCCUCAGCCUCAGGAUCUGACUUCGAAACCUCCAAACCCAAGAAAACAAGCCGCACAAAGACCCAGGUCCCCGCGGCAAAGAAACGCAAAUCUCCACCCGCCGACUCUGUCGCACCACCCAAGCGGCGCAGAAAAGACCCAGAAACACUCGCUGCGGAACACACCUCCAAAGUGCAAGUCCAAGAAGAAAAGGCACAGAAACAGGAGUGGAAGAAGAACUGGGGCACUUGGCUAGAAGACAAUGCAAUUCCCGACGAAGCGCGGGUUCUGGACGGUGAGGUGGCGGAGGAGGACGCGGUAACACAAACGGAGUGCUUGAAGAGUUAUGGACUGAAAGCGGGAGAAUUGGUGACAUUGCGGCAUGCGGAAAAACCGGGCAUGUACGGAAACACGACGAAGUCAUUUGUUGCGAGCGAGGUGAGGGAGCUGGCGUGGAGGAAGUACGGCAUGCUGGCUGGAAUGACGGCCGAGGCGGAUAUUUUGCAACGUGGAGAAGAGCUGUGGAAGGAGGAACAUAAAGACGACGCUGAAGUACUAACACAGAAGAAAAAGAAGGAGCAGACGCCAAAGCAGAAGUGGAUUGCAUAUAUUGCCGAGCACGCGGUUUCCAAGGACGAUGGCGAUGACGGUAAACUCGCCGAUGAGCCAGAGAUUGCGAUUACGCAGACAGACUGCAAGUCCAAGUACAACCUUACACCACAGGAUCUGGCGUGCUUACCGUACUUCCCGAAGAAGAACGCGGCGUAUGGAAACACAAUGAAGUUGUUCAAGGAGUCGGAGGCGCGCACCCUUGCCUUUCGCAAAUGUGCUGUUCUUGCUGGCGUGGAGGAGGACGAUGAGCUGGUAUUGCUGAAGCGGGGGGAAGAGCUGCACGGGGGGGAGUAA